AUGGCAAUCGAUCUGACACUACCCUUAGCUCCUGUUGCCAAUCUUACCGGCACACAUGAUAUUAUAGUAACAACUGUUCGUUUAUUAUCAACUCGAUGUUCACCUAUCGUUCGCUGUACACGAUCUUGGAAUGGUAAAGAAGGUUUUUUAGUUAUUAUUGAUAAUAUGAUGAAUUUGGAAUUAUUAUUUGAAGCAAGUAAUCGAACAAAUAAUCAAACAUGUAGUACAGAUUUGAUUCCUUAUUGGAAUUUCGAUGCUCCUCAUAAUUCAACUAUUCCCUAUCAAUCACGAGGUACAUCAGCUGCAGCUAUUUUUGCUAGUGGUCUGAUGGAAUUAUCUCAAUAUGUUACAAUACCGGAAAUCAACGAUCAUUUUUUAACAAGUGCUAAAGCUAUAGUUGAUCAACUAACAAGUCCAACUUAUUUGAUAUUAGGCAAUAGCGAUUAUAUUUUACGUGCAAUCAUUGCUAACGGAACACAUGGUUCGUAUCCAGCAAAACCUUAUGAUGUAGCUACGGCGUUUGGUGAUUAUUACUUGACACAAGCUGUUUUACGUUUAUUUAAACUUUGA